AUGUCUUCCAAAGCUAAGAAGCGAUCCUUGGAACAACCACCGUGUGUGCUUCCAUCACUUCCCCAAGACAUCAUCGAUGACAUAGUAGCGCAUGUACCAAGAUGGUACUAUCCAAAACUUUCCCUUGUUUCCAAACACUUCCGGUCACUUGUUGCUUCACCUGAGAUAUACGCGAGACGUUCCUUGUUAGGCUGCAAGGAGAACUGUCUUUAUGUUCUCCUCCAUAACGAAGAAACCCAUAAACGACGUUGGUAUAUUCUCCGCAAGAAUUCUAAUGGUAUUCGCAGCUUGGUCCUUAUCCCUUCGUUAUCCGCUAUGCCUUUCUUUGGAAGCUUUGUCGCGUUGGGCUCAAGUAUAUAUGUGUUUGGUGGGAUUGACUCUGACAACAUGACAACUAAGGUGUUAAGGAUUGACUGUAGAUCUCACAUGGUUCAAACUCUCCCGAGCAUUCCUAUACGCGUGGUAAAUACAUACGCUGACAUCAUAGAUGGCAAAAUAUAUGUAAUUGGAAGGCACUUUCAGGACUACACAACGGUGAUUUUUGUAUUCAGUACAGAAACACAAGUGUGGCAGCUUUGUCUUGAAAAUCUGAGUCACCGGUGUUAUUGUGUGGUGGUCAUGGGGGAUAAGAUUUACAUGAGUGAUUCUCAUAAUAGCUUUGUUUACGAUCCAAAGGAAAAUAAAUUGGAAAGGGACGAGAUUCUGAAUAUUAACAACUGGCAGAAUGCGUGUGUGCUCGAUGAUGUAUUGCACUAUUAUGAUUGUUCUGAGGAAAAGAUAAGUAGGUAUGAUCCGAACCGGAGGUGUUGGAGAGUGGUAGAUGGUUUGGAAGAAUUGUUGGCCGUGACGAGAUGUUCAGAAUGGUCGAACAUUGUGACUUACAAUGGAAAACUGCUUUUGUUUUUUGGUAAAGGAAACACAAGUGAGGUUUGGUGUGCGGGUAUUUCGCUGGAAAGGCGACAAGGAGGGGAGAUUUGGGGUCAAGUUGAGUGGCGUGAGCAUCUUGUGACUGGGAGACUUCUACUUGAUAAAUCUCUAGCUGUUAUGGUUUGA